AUGGACCUUCCACUGUGUUCAUUCGUAAAUGUUAUCUUGAUCUGCAAGUUGUUGUCUUUAAAAGAAACAAAUUCGUAUAACCGGGAAUCCGGGUAUCGGAAAACCUAUUUCGGAUACUAUUUACUUUAUUUGCUCGCACUACAAAAUCAGACUAUUGUAUAUGAUAACGCAAAUGAAGCUAAACCGAUUGUCUUGAUGGGGAAAAUGCCACUAAAAGCUAAUGAUAUAACUCACCAAAAUAGGCUUGAAGAGGCAAUUUCAUGUAUUAAAGAGAUUAUUUUUGAUUUUAUUGGUGAAAGUGUAAUAGGAACAGAUGAAAUUAGUCACACGAUCGCUCAUAUCUAUCUUGAUCAAGAUGGUAAAGAACCCUAUACACAGGUAACUGUAAGAUUUGCAUCAGAUUAUUUGAAGCAAAGGGUGAUUGAUCAAUACGAAGCACGUAUAAGAGAAAAACUUGUUGCACAAAUUAGAGCGGGUAUAGGUAGUUCGCUCUUAGAUAGCUGCUUUGAGUAUAUUGCUCACAGAAUUUUGCGAAAAGGAGGACAUUUUGAUGUUCGUCCUUUAGAUCCUUAUCUUAACCGCAAUUAUAAAGAUUCAAAUGCAGUUGUCAAUUUAUCUUUACAGAACGAGAUACUAAAGUUCAACAAAAAUAGUAUUGAUUCGAUCGAGUCACAAAAGUAUUAUCAACCAAAGAAAAAAAAUUUUCCAUCUGUUGAUUCAAUUAUUGCUUCAAAUCGGGUCUUUCAGAUGACUAUUUCAAAAAAUCAUCCCAUUAAUCUGACUGGUUUAAAUCUUCUUUGUGACAAAUUAGGUGGAAAAUCAGUCAAAGGUUUCAUUUAUUAUUACUUUGUUGUACCAGCGCAUCUGUAUGAUGAUUUUAAAAUGCAAAGGUUUGAUGUCAAGAACACUCCAGAUUGGAUUAAUAAACGCGUUUUUCAAUAUGCUUUAAAAAUUGAGCUUUGA